AUGGAGCCAUCAGCUUACAAACCAAUCUUAGCUGCUAGAAUUGGGAAUAUUAACUUUGAUUCUCUCUUUACUCAUGAGCAAAAAUUUAGCCAGAUCUGUGUACAGUCAGUGAAUUUGGAGCACAAGUGGGUAGGGGCUCCUUUUGCAGCAAUGCUUCGUAGACAUGAAUCCGACUACAAUGACUCAAAUGACUGUGUACUCAAAAUUGUUGUUGUCUUCCUUUCAACCAGCUCCAAUGUCGUACAAGUUAAAUACUCAUCUAUUGCUCUGCAGCCAAUGGAUUUAAAUCUUGAUGAGGAGACAUUAAUGAAAAUCGUCCCAUUUUGGAGAACAUCUCUUAGUAACUCCAAGAGUCAGCAAUACUAUUUUGAUCAUUUUGAGAUUCACCCGAUAAAGGUCCCUGCGAUUAAAAAUAAGGUUGUAGAGCUCAACGGCGUUAUGGUCACUCAUGCUCUGAUAACGAUGCGUGAAUUACUUAUCAAAUGUGCACAACAUUAUUCAUGGUAUGCCAUGAGGGCUAUCUAUAUUGCAAAAGGAAGUCCAUUGCUUCCACCAGAUUUUGUGUCAAUCUUUGAUGACUUGGCUUCAUCCUCUCUUGAUGUCUUCUUUGAUCCUUCCCGUGGGUUAAAAAAUCUUCCAGGUUUGACUUUAGGUACCUUCAAGUUAAUCAGUAAAUGUAUUGAUGGUAACGGGUUCUCAGGGACAAAACGCUAUUUUGGUGAUCUAGGAAAAUCUUUGAGAACAGCGGGGUCAAAUGUACUCUUUGCUGCGAUCACUGAAAUAUCAGACUCUGUUUUGAAGGGUGCAGAAGCAAGUGGUUUUAACGGAGUGGUGACUGGAUUUCACCAAGGAAUAUUGAAAUUGGCUAUGGAACCAUCAUUACUGGGGACCGCUUUGAUGGAAGGUGGGCCAGAUAGAAAGAUUAAGCUUGACCGGAGUCCUGUGGCUGAUGAGUUAUAUAUUGAAGGUUACCUGCAAGCCAUGUUGGACACAGUGUUUAGACAAGAAUAUUUGAGAGUCAGGGUCAUCGACAAUCAGGUUUACCUCAAAAACCUACCCCCGAACAGUUCUCUUAUAGAAGAGAUUAUGGAUCGUGUGAAGGGAUUUCUUGUGAGCAAGGCAUUGCUAAAAGGAGAUCCUUCAAUUACAUCUCGCCCCUUGAGUCAUCUUCGAGGUGAAAGUGAGUGGAGACUCGGACCGACUGUGCUGACAUUAUGUGAGCACCUGUUCGUGAGCUUCGCCAUUCGAUUGCUGAGGAAGCAAGCGAAUAAGUUCAUCGCCGGCAUCAAAUGGAAUUCGGAGGGUGACAAUGCAAAGGCAGUUGUGCCUGCAAACCCUGCUGAGGUAGCACCCAGGGUUAAGUUCGCUUGGAAAUGGGGCAUUGGGAAGUUUCUUUUAUCAGGCAUUGUAGCAUAUAUAGAUGGUAGGUUAUGUCGUUGUAUUCCUAAUCCGGUAGCCCGUCGCAUUGUCAGUGGCUUUUUGUUGACUUUCCUCGAUAACAAGAACAACGAAUGA